CUCCACGGGAGCCGGGUCCUCAUCUCCAUCCCCGCCGCGGCAUCCAGGCAGGUGUACCCAGCCAGACCAGCAGCCUCUCCCCCAUGGGGUGGUGACCCCCCCUCCGCCCCCCCCCCCCUGCAGCAGCUGGGGCAGCCAUGUGGUCCAAUGCCAGUUUGGGCCCGUGCUUCCGUGCCAUAAACAUCACCCUGGAGGAGCGGCAGCUGAUCGCCUCGCCCUGGUUCCCCGCCACCUUCUGCGUGCUGGGCCUGUCCUCCAACCUGGUGGCGCUGGGCGUCCUGGCCAGCGCCCCGCAGGGCGGCCUGUGCCCGCGCUCGCCCUUCCUCACCCUCCUCUGCGGCCUGGUGCUCACCGACUUCCUGGGGCUGCUGGUGACGGGCGCCAUCGUGGUGUCGCAGCACGCGGCCCUGCUGGACUGGCGCGCCACGGACCCCGGCUGCCGCCUCUGCCGCUUCAUGGGCGUCGCCAUGGUGUUCUUCGGCCUGUGCCCGCUGCUGCUGGGCGCGGCCAUGGCCUGCGAGCGCUUCCUGGGCAUCACGCGGCCCUUUUCGCGGCCGGCGCUGGGCUCGCCGCGCCGCGCCUGGGCCACGGUGGCGCUGCUGUGGGCGCUGGCGCUGGGCCUGGGGCUGCUGCCCCUGCUGGGCCUGGGCCGCUACUCCGUGCAGUACCCCGGCUCCUGGUGCUUCCUCACGCUGGCCGCCCGGCCCCGCGACGCCGCCUUCGGCCUGCUCUUCGCCCUGCUGGGCGGCCUCUCCGUGGCCCUGUCCUUCCUGCUCAACACAGUCAGCGUGGCCACCCUGUGUCGCGUCUACCACGGCAGGGAGGCCGCCCAGCAGCGGCCCCGGGACUGCGAAGUGGAGAUGAUGGUCCAGCUCCUAGGGAUCAUGGUGGUGGCCUCCGUGUGCUGGGUACCCUUGCUGGUCUUUAUUGGACAGACAGUGCUGCGGAUGCCGCCGGCCGGGAGCCCCGCGGGCCAGCUGUCCCGGGCCACCGAGCGCCAGCUGCUCAUCUACCUGCGCGUGGCCACGUGGAACCAGAUCCUGGACCCCUGGGUGUACAUCCUGUUCCGCCGCGCCGUGCUGCGUCGCCUGCACCCACGCCUGAGCGCGCGCUCUCGGUCCCAGUCCCUACACCCCCGGCGCGCCUCGCGCCCCGCCGCCCUGACUCCUCUGUGACCCCCGCGCUGGACUCGAGGGCUACCAACCCUGGGGACCCGACUCCUCAUAGCACCCCUUCCCUCUCUGACGUCCUCUUCGUUCCUGCACCUCUAUCUGCACUCCUCGCAACACCCCACCCGUAGGCGGUUGGGGGCAUGCGGGAAAGACCACUUGGGGAACCCCUUCCCCCAAACCUCUGGAGUUGGGGGUGCUGGGACACCCCCACCAGAGGCUGUGCCUCUGAGGCCUGGAGCUGGGGAGGGGGCUGUCUAGAAAUCAGUGAAUGGCCCGGUUUUGUGCCAAAACGCACCCUCCGUGCCCUGGGCUUCAUCUCCCCCCUGGGGUCAGCAGUGGGCAGCCCUGGGUCCGGAAUCCCCAGGCCCCCAAUCUCAUCAGAAAGCCCUCGAUUCUGCUGCCCACACUCCUUAAUGGAGCUGUACACCCUUAGCAGGCCUGCCUUCUGAGUAGUGGGGUUCUAGAGCUUGGCCCAUUCUGUUGAUGAGAAAAUGAGGGAGACAAGGGGGACUGCCACCUCCUCUCCACCACGCCAGGCUCCUGGGGCUCACAGAACAUACACAAUAAAUGUCUGUCAUAUGGCCAAGGAAUCCAGAGUCACCCCACCAAGUGCUCAUUAAGAUACAUGGUAUACAGUAGGCGCCCCCCCCCCAGGCCCCAAUGUAGCUAAACUACAUUGCUCUCAGACUCAGC